UAAACUGAAAUUUCCGAAAAUGAAAUUAUCUCUUGUCGUUUGUGUGGUAUUGGCGGUAGUUGUAGUUUCGGCUAGAGCCGAAGAAAAAUAUACGACAAAAUAUGAUAACAUCAAUAUUGACGAAAUUAUUAACAACGAUAGAUUACUGAGAGGAUACGUGGAUUGUCUUUUGGGAACUAAAUCUUGUACUAAAGAAGGAGAAGAGCUGAAAAAGGUUUUCACAGAUGCAUUGGAUACUAAAUGUGCCAAAUGUAAUGACAAGCAAAAAGAAGCCGCGAAGAAAAUAGGUAAACACCUCAUACAAAACAAAAGAUCGUGGUUUGAUGAGCUUGUAGCAGCUUUUGAUCCAGAGCACACCAAACUGGAGUUCUACAAAGAAGAUCUUGAAGCUGAAGGAAUCAAACUUUAAAUGGAUAAAUGAAUACCUGGGUUUUUAUUACAUUAUAAUUUCAGUCAACUUGUUUGGUUUAAUAAAUUUGAU